AUGGCAGAUAACACUCCGAUCGACAUAAUCCGCUCUCGCGAUUAUGACAAUGACCUACAUUUACAGGAGUCUUCCAAGGAAGGACGCCCUGGGGGGUUGGGCCAUGAGCAAACCACAGUUGCGCCAGAGAAAGCUACGGAUGACCUACCACCAGAUGGUGGAUAUGGCUGGGUUUGCGUUGCCAGUGUCUUCUGGAUCAACGCCCAUACAUGGGGAAUCAACAGCAGCUACGGUGUGUUCCUUGCCCACUACCUUGCCAACGAAGUAUUUCCGAACACAUCACCUCUAAUGUAUGCUUUUACUGGCGGUCUGAGCAUAUCCUGUGCCCUCCUCGUCGCACCUUUGGCCACCUACCUCAUCCAUCUCCUUGGAACCCGAGUGGUCCUGAAUAUGGGCGUUUUCUUUGAAACGCUUAGCCUAAUAGGAUCUUCAUUCGUUACGCAGAGGUGGCAGAUAUUUCUCAGUCAAGGCGUUUGCUUUGGAUUCGGUAUGGGAUUCUUAUUCGUUGGUAGCGUUGGAAUUACACCACAAUGGUUUCAUCGUCGGCGGGGCCUCGCUAUGGGAAUCAACGCCGCUGGAUCUGGUCUGGGCGGCUUGAUCUAUUCUCUGGCGGUUGGUGCGAUGAUACCUAGGCUAGGGCUCAGCUGGGCAUUCCGGAUAUUAGGGAUAGUUGCCUGCGUUGUGAACCUGGUAUGCGCAAACCUACUCAGGGAUCGCAAUAAAGCUGUCGGAAGCCGUUUCAAAGCUUUCCACCUCCCACUACUCAAACGGCCCGAAUUCCUUCUGUUUCUUGCAUGGGGUAUUUUCAGCAUGCUCGGCUACGUCGCUAUCCUAUUUAGUAUGGCCAAUUUCGCCGUCUCUGUCGGUCUGUCCGCACACCAGAGCAGUAUAAUUGGGGCUUUACUCAACCUUGGGCAGGGUCUAGGGCGACCUUUCGUGGGCAUGUUCAGUGAUAAGCUUGGCCGUAUCAACAUUGCAACCUUUCUUACCUUCCUCUGUGGUCUUUUUUGUCUAGUAAUCUGGACUUUUGCUCGCAACAUGGGCGUUGUCUCCUUUUUUGCCGUUCUCGUUGGCACGGUAGCAGGCACGUACUGGGCUACUGUAGCGCCAGUGCUGGCCGAAAUUAUCGACCUAAAGGAUUUGCCCGGUGGCCUCAGCAUCACCUGGCUCGUCCUAGUCCCACCAACGACCGUUGCAGAACCCAUAGCACUUUUACUGCGAGAUAACAACUCCGUCAACCGCGUUUACCUGCAUGUCCAGAUUUUCACCGGUCUCAUGUACAUCGCUGCUGCGGUGUGUCUUUGGGUGGCACGAGGUUGGAAGGUGGGAGACAAUAUUCGAGCUAAGCAAAAGCAGGCGGCAGCUGCGCUAAAUACCGACAAGAAGGGGGAAGGUGUUGUCCUACAACAGCACGGCGGCGAAACUGGUGACAGGAAUGUUGAAGGCCCUCCACAAACAAAGAUGGCUAUUUGGUUACCCCAUACACUCAUCCGCCGGAUGGUAGCAGCCAAAAAGGUCUGA